GAUUAUGGUCCUGCUGAGCCGGUCUGCGGGGAGCUGAGCCAGGGGAGGAAGAAUGCGGGUCUACUGGAUGGUCUUCUGCCUUAUUUGCUGCACCGUGGACGGGCAAGUGGUGUAUUCCAUCGCCGAGGAGACGGAGCGCGGAGCACCGGUGGGGAACAUAGCGAAGGAUUUAGGGCUAGAGGCAGCUACGCUGGCAGCUCGGAAAUUUCGCAUGCUCAGCGGUUCAAGUAAGCAAUAUUUUAAUAUCAAUGCCAGCACGGGGGCUUUGUCUGUUAACGACCCCAUUGACAGAGAGCAGCUUUGUGAGUUGAAGUCUGCCUGUCUUCUGAAUUAUGAACUUGUGUUAGAAAACCCUCUGGAGCUUUACAGGAUGGAAUUUAAAGUCUUGGACGUAAAUGAUAACUCCCCCACCUUCCCCUUAAGUGUAUAUCACAUAAAUAUGCCUGAGUUCCUCUCACCUGGGGCACGGUUCGCGCUCCCCAACGCCCAGGAUCUCGAUGAAGGUACCAACAGCGUCCAGAAUUACACUCUGAGCCCCGACGAACAUUUCCAUUUGGAAAUGCAGACACGUGGGGAUGGGAGUAAAUAUCCUGAAUUGGUGCUGAAAAAAGCCUUAGACAGGGAGCAGCAAGCCACUCACAGACUUGUCCUUACAGCCAAAGACGGUGGGGACCCUCCAAAGUCUGGUGAGGUCUCAGUCAUUGUGACUGUGCUGGAUACCAAUGAUAACGCCCCAGAAUUUGAGCACUCGGUCUACAGGGCGAGUGUCUUGGAAAACUCCCCCAGUGGCACUUUGGUGGUGCAGGUACAUGCCACGGACCUGGAUGAAGGUCCAAACGGAGAGAUCAGGUAUUUGUUUAGCAAUACUACUUCUGCUGAUCUACAGCGAAUGUUCUUAGUUCACCCCCGCACCGGGGAGGUGACAGUCAACGGCGUUUUAGCUGUUCAGAGACCUCUCCUGGAGCUGCUUAUUGAAGCGAGGGAUAAUGGAGCGUUUGGCAUGUCCAGCACAGCCAAGCUGCUGGUGGAAAUCACUGACGUGAACAAUCAUGGCCCAGAGAUAACAGUGACAUCCCUUUCCAGUCCCAUUCCUGAGGAUGCUGUUCCCGGCACAGUGAUAGCUCUGCUGAGUAUUUUGGAUAAGGACCCUGGGGAGAAUGGGAAAAUUACCUGCCAGAUCCCGGAUAACCUUCCCUUCCAGUUAAAGCCUUCCCUUGAAAAUUACUACAGCCUGGUCACUAGUGGGCUUCUGGACCGAGAGCUGAUCAGCGACUACAACAUCACCAUCACUGCCACAGACUUGGGCUCUCCACCCAUCACCACUCAGAAGACACUUUGGGUGCAGAUUUCUGACGUCAAUGACAAUCCUCCUGUCUUCAGCACUGACAGCUUCGAUGUGUUUGUGGAGGAGAACAAUCCACUCGGUGCUUUUCUUUACCAGGUCUCAGCGUCCGAUCCUGAUACCGGGGAGAACGGAAGGGUCUCUUACAUGCUCAGGAAUUCCACCGUUGCAGGCAGUCCCUUGGCCAACCUUUUGUCUGUGAGCGUGGCCAACGGGAGCGUCUAUGCAAAACGUGCCUUUGACUUUGAGCAGCUGAAGAGCUUCUCUUUCCAGGUGGAAGCCAAGGACAAUGGGUCCCCAGCUUUGAGUGCUGCCAUAACUGUGAAUGUUUACAUCUCAGACCAGAAUGACAACGCCCCGGCCAUCCUCUACCCCAGCAGCCAGAACGGCUCUGUGGCUGUCGAAGUUGUGCCCCGUCUGGCCGAUGAGGACUACCUGGUAACCAAAGUGGUGGCAGACGACGAGGACAAUGCCCAGAACGCUUGGCUCUCCUAUCACCUAACCUACUCCUCUGACUCCACCCUCUUCCACCUGUCACCCCACACCGGCGAGCUGCGGACCACGCGCUCCAUGCGCUCCACCGACUUCCUCAAGCACAAGGUGGUCGUGGUGGUGCAGGACCACGGGGAUCCGCCACUCUCCUCCACCCUGACGGUGGGCAUCCUGCUGGCCGACACCCUGCCCCAGGUGCUGCCUGACUUUGACGACAGCGGGCAGCCCCCGCCACUGCUCAACGCCACCAACAUCUACCUGAUCGCCUCCCUGGCCUGCGUCUCCUUCGUCUUCGCGGCGUUCCUCCUCUUUUUUGCCGCCGUGCGGCUCUGCCGCUGCCAGACUUGUGGCUGCUGUUGCCCAGAGCAUGAGGGUGGGAAGUAUUGCUACAGUGUGCACAUGCUGCCCAGCUCCCACCUCCCAGCGGAUAUGCUGGAGGUCACUGGCGUGGGUAAACUGACUCAUACCUACUUGUACAGGGCAGCUGUUGGUCUUGGGCCGAACAGCAACAUCCCGAACAGUGACGCUGGGAAUGCUCCCAGUGGCUCAAGGUUACAAGUGCCAGGACCCUGCAUCCAAGUACAGCAGGUCCAAAGUGAUCAGUUGAGUGCUGUCCUGGUGCAACCUGCCCAGAACCAGCAGUCUUAUGCCCACGCUCCAAGAAUUCAGUUGUGA